ACCACAUCAAGCACCACACUAGGUCUGCUGCCUCCUCUCCUGCACUACAGUAUCACACUGGCGAGAGGGAGAGAAAGGGGAUGAGAGAUAGAGAUAGAGGGAGAGAGCGAGAGAGAGACCGAGUGUACGAGAGAGAGAGCGUGUGAGGGUAAAAGAAGGAGGUAGACAUCGGAGUAGAGAAAGAGAGAGGUGUGAGAAAGACAGAGAGAGUGAGAGACAGUUGAGGGGAAGUGUAGGGAGGAGGAAGAGAGAAAAAAGAAAGGAAGGAAGGAAAAGGAGAGAGAAGGGGGCUAAAGGAAGACAGGAUGGCAGAGCCAGAGCUGAAAUCACAGAGCAGCCUGGAGAGCUUGAAGAAGGCAGCCGAGGGCCAGGAGAAGAUGGAGGCUGAGGCGGUUCCCGACAACCCAGACAAGCCUCCUUCACCGGACAAGCAUCCAUCCAAGCCUCCGUCCCAAUCCACCAUUACCGACACAGGCACCGUGGCAGCCACCACCCCUACUGCAGAUGCCUCCUCCCCAGCCAAAGCAGCAGGCGGCAAGAUCGAGCUGAAGCGCAGCAUCACGCUCUUCAAUGGCGUGGGCAUGAUCAUCGGCACCAUCAUCGGCUCGGGCAUCUUCAUCACGCCCACAGGGGUGGUAAAGGAGGCUGGCUCGGCCGGUCUGUCGCUGGUGGUGUGGGCCGUGUGCGGUGUGGUGUCCACCAUGGGUGCCCUGUGCUACGCCGAGCUGGGCACCACCAUCACCAAGUCGGGUGGAGACUACACCUACAUCCUGGAGGUGUACGGCGAGCUGGCCGCCUUCCUCAAGCUGUGGGUGGAGAUGCUGAUCAUCAGGCCAUCCUCCCAGUACGUGGUGUCGCUGGUGUUCGCCACCUACCUGCUCAAGCCCCUCUACCCAAACUGCAGUGUGCCUGACAGCGCCGCCAAGCUCAUCGCUUGCCUCUGCCUCACAUCAUUGACCUUUGUGAACUGCAUCAGCGUGCGGGCUGCCACCAAGGUCCAGGACUUGUUCACUGCGUCAAAGCUCCUGGCCCUGAUCAUAAUCAUCGUUUUCGGUUUCAUUCAGAUCGGUACAGGUGAUGUGCCAUACCUGACACCAGAACUGGCGUUUGAAGGCAGCAAAUGGGGAGUCGACAACAUUGUGUUGGCUCUAUACAGUGGACUCUUUGCUUUUGGUGGCUGGAAUUACUUGAAUUACGUGACAGAGGAAAUGAUCAAUCCGGAGAGAAACCUGCCACUGUCCAUCAUUAUCUCCAUGCCCAUUGUGACUGUGGUGUACGUACUGACCAAUCUGGCCUACUUCACCACUAUCCCCCCGAGUGUGAUGGUCGAGUCCGAGGCAGUAGCUGUGAUCUUUGGGGAGUACCAUCUUGGUGUGAUGUCCUGGCUCAUCCCUGUCUUUGUGGGGCUGUCCUGCUUCGGAGCGGUCAACGGAAGCCUGUUCACCUCGGCACGGCUGUUUUAUGCUGGCGCUCGAGAGGGUCAGCUCCCUGCUGCACUGGGAUUGGUCCACACUGACCUCUUCACUCCAGUGCCCUCCCUCAUUUUCACGUGUUUCCUGUCCAUGCUGUAUGCCUUGUCCAAGGACAUCUUCUCGGUCAUCAACCUGUUCAGCUUCUUCACCUGGCUGUGUGUGGGCAUGGCCAUUGCCGGCUUGCUGUGGCUCCGCUGGACCAAGCCAGAGCUCAGGAGACCCAUCAAGAUUUGGUUGGUGGUCCCUGUGGUGUUUGUGCUGGGCUGUGUCUUUAUGAUCGUGGUGUCCUUCUGGGCAGCUCCCUUUGAGUGCCUGAUAGGGAGUGGGAUCAUCCUCACUGGUAUCCCCGCCUAUCUCCUGGGGUACAAGUGGAAGAAGCCCCACGUUGUAAAGAAGAUCCUAGAGAUCUUUACUCUGUUCUGCCAGAAGAUUUUUAUGUCUGUUCCAGAAGAGCGGGAAGAGAAGGAAUCAGUCGAAGUAGCUGAAGAAGUCGAAACAACAAAGGAUGACUGAGUCAAUCUAUUAGUUGGAACAUUACAUGUUUACACUCAUUAUUGCUUUUGUGACAGAGUUCCAUGACUCUUGGUAACAUAGGGUUAAUAUAUAUAGGGUUUAUAUGUAUGCUUCAGUGUACAUAUUUUGUAUUUUACAUGCAUUUUCAUACUGUAUCAUCCCUUUGUACUCUCUCCAGUAAUUCAAUUCCAGUUAUUCCACUUUCCAGUCGUAUAGAGUACUUCAAACAUCCUCACAUUUUAUCUUACCUAACCUUUUGUAUUUGAUUUUUUUAACCUAUUUUGUUCUUCAGUAUUCAAUAGACCUGGAUUAAGCUAACAAAAAGAGGAGUCAGGAAACAGACAAAAGAGUCAUAUUUUCAUCAAGUUUUGGUAUGCUCCUCAGACAAUCAUCCAAAUCUAGAUAACUACACUACCGGUCAAAAAGUUUUAGAACACCUACUCAUUCAAGGGAUUUUCUUUGUUUUUACUAUUUUCUACAUAAGAAUAGUGAAGACAUCAAAACUAUGAAAUAACAUGGAAUCCCAUAGUAACCAAAAAAGUGUUAAACAAAUCAAAAUAUAUUUUAUAUUUGAGAUUCUUCAAAUAGCCACCCUUUGCAAUGAUAAAAGCUUUGCAAAACGAUUGGCAUUCUCUCAACCAGCUUUCCCAACAAUCUUGAAGGAGUUCCCACAUAUGCUGAGCACUUGUUGGCUUCUUUUCCUUCACUCUGCGGUCCAACUCAUCCCAAACCAUCUCAAUUUGGUUGAAGUCGGGGGAUUGUGACGUUCAGGUCAUCUGAUGCAGCACUCCAUCACUCUCCUUCUUGGUAAAAUAGCCAUUAAACA